CGUAAGGAGACAUCGAUCACUUACCACGGCUGCCGACAUUUCAGUUGAAUAUUAAAGUCAACAUCACGUCAGUAUCAUGUAUUUAACAAACUUUUCCAUCAAGCCUUUAUAAAAAUAAAGGUAUUAUUUAUAUAUAACCAUUUAUAUGGUACUUUAUAUGGAAUUGUUAAGCACAGUUAGGACUAGUAUAGACUGUAGUGCCUGUAGAUUCGCUUUUCAGGAUAAAUGCCAUAAUGAUUAUAAUGCCAUUCAUAAUAAUGAUAAAUCUGAUAAAAUGCAUGAUUCAGCCCAGCUACAGGCAGACGAGAUUGACUGAAACACUCAACAUAAAUGUGACUGUUUUUACUAGUUUCAGAUGUUAACAUUAUUAUAAUAUUAAUAAUCUGUAGUCUGUAGUAGUGUUACUCUUGGACUCUUAGAUCUAGGCCUAGGUCUGCUAGUUUGAGUUUCAAUUCCAGACUCUCACUCUGGGUGAUUAUUUUAGUCUUAGUUUACUUUACACACACAAGACAAAUGAUGAUGGCAGAAAAAGCCAGGGCCAGGGUGGAUACUGUGCAUCAUCAGUGGACAUCAGACAUACUAAUUAUUAAAUUAAUUAGCAUGAAUAGUCUGAAUAGGCCUAAUAUUUAUUUAGGCUUACCAUUAUUUAUUAUCUCAUAGUAGGCAUAACAAUAGUUGUCCACGCACCGUUCUGCACAUGUCCUAAAAUGUCGAAAAAACGUGUUCUGCAAUAUGGCGUACAGCUACACGGUAUCAUUGGAAAAUUGCAUACUACAUCACCUUUGUUUAAUAAAUAAUUGCUUUCCUCAUCACUGACGUAUCAGCUUUUGUGUUCCGGUCAUAUAUUGAUUUAUGCUACAAUAUUUUUUGUGCAUCACAGGCAUUAUUAUUAUACUGACUCGGUUAGUAUAUAAAUCGCAUAAAUACUUUUUUACUAGUAAAGCCACCAAAAUAAGGUUUAGUGCUCCCUAAUCUACAUUCAUUGUAAGAGUUUUUUCAUUUUUUGAGUUAUUAUCGUUGAGCUCUCGAUAAAAAGUUAUGCAUCCCGCGAAGAUGUGGGAGUGGGGGGGUAUGAAAUUAUCAUUAUUUUUUUAUUUAAUCGAGAAGCCGGAAAUGGCUGCUAUCACUGUGAUUCGUUAAUGUUAAAUCCUUAAACAUCUAAAUAAUUAUAAGACGUUUAAAAUGAAUCAUUUUAAGAAAAGAUUAUAACCAAACUUGAAAAGUUUAUGUAGUAACCAAGGGUUGGUUUUAAGUUUUAUUUAUUACGUUAAAAAUUGUGUACGGUACAGGUACACAGUUUAUCGUUUUUUCAUUAUUGAAUCAAUAUUUAAUAGUUUUACAAUAGUAAUAGCGAUAAUAAUAAUCUUUUUCUCUUAUUAAUUAUUUCAGAGGAUAUUACUAAAAUUAGGCCUACUUAUCAUUAUCAGUUAUAAUUAUAAUCAUAAAAAACUUUUAUCAUAAUCCUAUAAUAGUCUAUUUAGGCCUAAGCUUAAUUUUUCUUAAUCUGAUUCUAUUACAAUUACAAGCCUAUAAAGUUCUAUAUGUAACAGUUUUAUUAAAAUACAUCAAAUUAAUAACCAAGACUCAAACAACAUGGUCAUAGCAAUUAUUUUUUUAUUAGGACAUAGAAAAGCAGUAAAUAGACAAUUAUUUAAUAUAUCAAAUAACAUUUUUUAAUGAAUUAGUCUCAUUAUUAUCAUAUUAUUAUUAUCAUCAUGGAUGAUUUUAGUUGAGUAAUUUUUAUUUAUAAUUACAUGAGUUCAAUUUUAUAAAUAAAAAAGACUACUUACCUUUUUAUAAAUAUAAUAAUUGAUUUAAAAUUUAACACAAGCAUAAUAAAAUUAGUUAAAAUUCAAUAGAUGUGUGGGUAUUUUUUCAUUUUUUCCUGUACAAAUAAUGAUUUUCCCAAUUUUUCUGUUCACUUUUUUCUGAACAUACCCACACAUAAAUUCAUUAAAAAUAAAAGUCUUAAUGUUAUAUAAAAGUUUUGUUGUUUAUUGUACUGUAUAUUGCAUUGAGAAUGUCUCCUGAAAAUUUGGUAGCCAUUAUCUUUUAAAAUCAAAAAGUUUUGGGUAAAAUAAGGCAGAAAUUUUGAAAGUGGGUCACAGGUUUUUUCAGUUAAAUACUAAGAUAAAGAAGAUAAAUCACCAAAAAAAUCAUAACUCCACUUCUAUAAAAGAUAGAAAGAUGAAAUUGGUGUUGUUGUAAAGCUUAUAGCCAGCCCUUUAAAAUGAUGUACCAUUCAUGGCAAUUGGACAAUAUUUAAAUUUUGUGUCAAAGUACCUACUCAUAGGUUUACCAUAUUUUCAGUAAAUUUUCAGUGUUGAAACUAAAGUAAAUAGCCAGAGAGUGUGCAGGGGCUCAGUGAUUUGAUUGAGCCCCCUCCUCAAAACCCUACCUCAGUUGCUGAUCAAGGAGGGUGUAGUUAUCCUCCUUUACCUUCCCCCACUCAAUCUACCCUUCCCUCCACUUCACUCUCCCAAGACCUUCCCUAGCACCUAUCCUCCAACUUUCUCUUCCCUGGCACCUAUCCUGCAACUUUCUCAUCCCCUCCUAAGCUAGGCACUGCAACUUAAAUUUUAAAAUACUGACAUGCACAAAGAGAAUAUCACUGGAAAGAGCUGGCUUUAAGCUUUCCAAUGAUACCAAAAUAAUCUUUCUAUCAUUUAUAGGAGAAAAGUUAUGCAUUUUUUAGCGAUUUAUUUUCCCCCUCAAUUUGGCUUUGUAUUUAAUUUUUAAAACUGUGAUUGAAUUAUUACUCUUUUUGACUAUUUUGUUUGUAUCUUUUUGGCUUUUAAAAUUAGAGCUCUCAAAUUUUGAGGAGACAUUUACAAUACAAUGUUUAAAAAAACAAAACACAUGAAUUGUGAAUUAGUAAUUAUAUUUUAUAAAAUAUGAUUUUUAUGAGCAUAUGGUGUGGCAACAACAAUCGUCGAAAAAUUUAAGUUUACAAAAAAAUUACAUAAAUACUAAACCAUUAAAGCUUAUGGCUAUAAAAUGUUCAAUACAAAUUGAUAAUGUACAACUAAAAAUUAGCCAAAUUUUAAGAAAGUAAAAUGCAGAUCAGAAAAAUGUAUGCAAUAUUAGAAAAAAAUCUAUAUUUCAUGAAAAGUGACCACGGCUGAGACAUUUUUAAAAUUUAAAUAUAUAACUUUUAAACUAAUAAAGCUACUGCAAUGAAAUUUUCAGCACAAAUAGAUAGUACCGUAACUAUAUAAAUUUAAUAUACAAAAUUUAAAAUGUCAUGUAAUCUGUCGACAUUGAUGUGCAUUUUUAACCACAACUUUUAAACUAAUAAUGCUAACUCAAUGAAAUUUGCAGUACAAAUAAACAGUGUGUCAAUCUAAAUUUUAUUAAGUAUUUAAAUACAAAAAAACAUAAUUCAGAACAUUUUAUGUAAAAGUUAUUAAAUGAAAAUCCAUCUCUGUCGACAUUAUUGUACAGGUACAACAAGUUUCGGCUCCGGGGCUUGAGCAACACUUCAUCCUGAUCGAUUGGUAGCCCAAAAAACAUCUGCCUCCGUUGUCAAUUUUAAAUUGGGUUGUAUAUUGAUCUCCUCCAGGUUGGCACAACUUAGCACAAUCACAAGGAAUGAUGAUAAUCUGUAACUCUGAAAAAUAAAAAAAAGAUUAGGACUACUAAUUAUGAAUACAUAUAAAUAAUGAUUCAAUGUUUUUAAAUAGGCUAAACAAUUUUCUUUAGUUUAUGUAAAUUUAUAGUUGUUAAUAACUUAGGACUAGAGCAGUGUUUCGUAACCUUUUUUGUGUUUUCAUUCCCUGCCUCUCCUAUCCCCCCCAAUGUUUCAUAUACAUAAUUAUUAAUAUUCAAAAAUAGGGUUGUUCACUGAAGAAACUUAAAUGAUUUUUACAACACUUUUAAUGAACGCUUUUUUAAAAUUGAGACUUUAAAUAAUUCUCCUUUUAAAAUACAAGUUAAAUCAUAGGAGACAGUUUGUUUUCAAAAUCCAGACAGCUCAUUUUUCGAAUUGCCCCCCCUAAACAAUCAAAUUGCCAUGCUGGGAAACGGGACGAGAGGCUAUCUUACUAUAUAAUUCAUUGCUCUUCGCAUGAUGCAUGUCGCCGCACUUUGAAUUCUUAUCAUUUAUACUUUGAUCCAAAGCCUGUUCUUAAAUAUGAACUAUAUUAGGUCUAAAGUGUAAUUAUUAUAUUAAACCAGUUAUUAAACGUGUAUAUCUAUAAUCAAACUAAUAAGUUAUAAUACAGGAAAUAUUUAUUUAGCUGUUUCAAAAAGGUUUUAAAUAAUAAUUACCACUGAUUACGUUAGAGAUACCACUUCCAGUAGAUCGAGGGGACAAAAAUGGCCACGGCUUGGCAUCUUUGAAUUUUUAGUCACGUCGCUCAAGCUCUAAUAAAGUUCAGUGAUGAUCAGUAUUAUUUUAAAAAAGUGUUUCCCCUUUUAAAAUAUAUAAAAUAUGCGUACAAGUAAUGACCAAGUCCAAACACUAUUUUAAAAAAAUGUUGGACAGCGUACUCACUUACCCCAAGUCAACUUUCCCAUUAAUUGUCUUGGCAAGGUCAAAUUUCUAUUUGAUUCAUACCCUCGUUACCUGCAUGCAUCGCAUAUUUGAAUUAAAAUAAGGAGAAUCCUCUAUUUUUAAAAAUGAUGCAAAACAACGUUAAACACAAAAAUCUACCAAAAACGAAAAGCGCCAGCUGAUCACAGCGAUAGCCGCUCGGCGGGCCGAUUUUUUCUAUCCCCGGAAGCGAAAGUAUUGGAGUGCCUACAUACGCAUACCUUUUCCAUCAGCCACUACUUCACUUCCUGUAAUCUUAAAACUAUGGUCUCCCCUAGACCUAUUGCUCUUUCUCCUACCUCCUUGACUCCAAUCUCUCCUGCUUCAACCACAACACUCUCCUCUAAAUCUCAAUUACCUCACUCCCUAACCAUUUCCUCCUGAUUCAUUUCACCCCCUUACCACCCUUGCCACCCUGUUGUUGGCAUUUUUGGGGCAUCGGCAGAAGUGGAGCAAGGUCAGAGCUCCAAAAUAAUCACUCAAGCACUAAAAAGUUGCUUGAUCUGAAACCCUGCUUAUCAACUUAGAGAUGGGAAUCGAACCGCACACCUCAAACUCUGCUGACAAUCAAACUGUGCCCUGCUGACGACUGAACCGAUCCCAUUACUGAGUAUGAACCAACCUGAACGUUCUAUUGCAAACUUAUUAGAACCGACACUGUUUUACGAAUGUAGCACAUCACUACUUACGCCAGAAAUACUUAUAUAUAGAAAAUCCAAUUUGCAAAAUUGUCUCAGAAGAAGGCUCCAAGCCCGAACUGAUGUCCAGGAUUGCGCAGACUACAACAGCACUAAAAAAGCUCAAGAAAAUAUGGAAUGACAAAAAUAUAGCCCCCAGCACCAAAAUCAGGCUGAUGCGCUCAUUAGUCCUCUCCAUUUUCCUGUAUGCCUGCGAAUCCUGGACAUUAACAGCCGACCUUGAAAGGAAAAUAAAGGCGAUGGAGAUGAGAUGCUUCAGAAGCAUUUUUGGCAUCUGCUAUAGGGACCAUAUCUUUAAUGAUACAGUGAAAGAAAGGGUUCGCCACGCAAUUGGGGAGUAGAAUGACCUACUGGUGACUGUGAAAAAACGCAAACUACAAUGGUACGGCCACGUAACACGGAAACAAGGGCUUGCUAACGAAAUAUUGCAAGGCACCACAAGAGGAGGGAGAAGAAGAGGAAGACAAAGAAAAAGAUGGGAGGAUAACAUCAAAGAGUGUACAGGACUAACACUGGGCGAUGCUGUGCUUAGUGCAGAAGACAGAGACGAAUGGAGGAGGAUAGUUCACAUGUCAUCUGUGGUGCCCCAACGGUCCAAGGACUAAGGGACAUGAUGAUGAUGAUGAAUUUGCAAAACCAUAUUUUGUAAACCAAAUUAUGUUUUUUAAAUCAUCCCCUACCCAACUCUUCCCCACCAACACCCUUUAGCGAAUAGGUUUGAGUUUCUAUUAAUGUGUGACAAAUUAAACAGUCACACUAUGUGGCCAAAUUUUUUUCAUCCAGUGCCCAGAAACUCAUUUUAAAGAAGAAAAAAUUUAGAUACCUGUAAGCCUGUAUAUUUUUUAUUUAAUUUAAACCAAAACAAUGAAAUUUCAAAUUACUGGACUGCAGUAGUUGACAAACACAACCUUUUUUUGUUACCGAACCCUCCUGACGACAGUGCCCGAAUUGAACAGAAACCUGUUGACGACUGAACCCAAACCAAACCCUGCUGACGACAGAACCCAAAUCAAACUUCUUCUAAAAGAGGGUUUGAUUCCUAUCUCUAUUAUCAACUGCGUUUCACUGAUUAACUGAUUAACUACCAUGAGCCACUGGGAGUGGCACUAGCUCAGCGUUUCUUUCGUUAUAGCCACAAGCCGCUAGUAGCGCCAAUGUUUGUAUCAUAGUAAAUCAAGUCAAAUAUUUAUAUUAUUCCGUUCCUUGGUUCAAGAUUUUAAAGCGCUGUUCAUUUAUUUUGAUUUAAUUUCCAAGCUAGUUACAAAAUUGUACAACUUGUUUACCAUGGCAACAAGUGACAAAGGCAUAUAAUUAAUUGAAAGUGUAAAUAUUAUCAAGUUUCUGUGUUCUUUGGUGCAUUUUUCUUAUUAUUGGAUAUACUAUUUGGAAACCACCAAAUGAAAGGCUAUGUUUUGGAAACUUAAAAUUUAUAUUUAAGUUGGCACAUUUAUUAUUAUUUUUUUGUUUCUAUUGUAAUUACUAAUUUAAUAAAUACUAAUUUCCCUACCAAAACUUUAACUUACAAAGGUUUUACGUUUAACUUAUAGACAAUUCAUAUACCUUAAAAAUGGUUUAUUACUCAUUAGAAUAUGUUUAUAAUUAAGAAAACUGCAGGUGAAUUUGUGCAUACACCUGCAAUGAGAAAAUGUGACCUAAAUUUAAUUCGGCCACAGACUGUUUUUCAAUCUGGUAGUUAAUCAAGUAAUGGAAAAAAUACUGGCGUUUUGUUCAGGAAGUUAAAUGAUAAUCAAAUUUCUGAUUUUCAGUUUUAAAAAUGAUAUUGGUUGUUGGUUUUUAAGAAAUCACAAUGAAAUUAAUUUUUUUUCUAACCAAAAUUAUAAAACAUGGUUAAUUACAUAGAAAGAAUUAAAAAGUGAAAAUUUAGUUGCUUAUUAAAAUUGAAAAUUAUGAGUUUCCGAUGUCAAUUUAAAAUAUAUAUAUUUUGCAUUUGGUGUGUCCUGCUUCGUUUUCACAACUGGCGUUUCCCCUACUCAACAUGUUUUAUUUUAAUAGUACUGAGUGAAAAAAAAAUGCUGUUACACAGCGAUUUUCAUGCGUGACGGUUAAACUCAGGUAAAAGGGUUGAAUUUUUUCCGAGGCGACAAUUAUUUUAAACCAAGAGCCCCUGGUAUGGUGUAGAAUGUCUGUAUGACAACUGUGAAAAUACCGGCAGGGGUAGGCUGUGGGACUGUGUAGGCAGAUUGUUAAAUUACAGGUAGGUAGGGGGUAGGACUUUCUGUAGGCCUAUUAUUUAUAGGUCAACAGGUAGGGGGUAGGACUUUCUGUAGGCCUAUUGUUUAUAGGUCAACAGGUAGGAUGUAGGACUUGUUUAAAGGCAGACAGGUAGGUUGUAGGACAGUCUGUAGGCAUAUAGAAAAUGAGAAGUUAACAAUUUUUUUUUUGACCCACCAGUUAUUUUCUCAAAAUAUCAGGACUCUGUGUAAAACAACCUGCAACCCCCCACCCCCACUUACCUCUAUUAUAUAAUACUGCUAAUAAAUAUUAUUAACAAAGUGGGCGGCUCCCCCUCUCUCUUUCCCAGCCCUAUAAUUAUGCCAAAGGCAAUAACUACUCUCAUAAGUCCCGGUUUCAGCACUUCAAAAUAAGGAUAUCCUUAUUGACCUUCAACAUGCAUUGUUGCUUCAGAGGCCACUCACACACCCAUUAUCGCAUAUUGAUUUAAGUUCAAGAUCUUUUGGUGUGUUUUUGUUGAGCUUUGCAUUACAUACAUGUAUGUAUGUAGUUUGUUGUUUUUUUUUAUUUAAAAAAAAAUAUGAAUUCAUAUUUUAAAUAGAUUAUUUAAAAUUUUGUAAUGUAAUUUACUAAUUUUGCUAUAAUUUUAGCUUGCUGAAAUAGGUACUUAUAUUUAUUUAAAAUAUGUUUCCAAAUUUGAUUUCAAUUUAAAAACAAUUUUGAGGACUGAUCAUGCUAUGAAGUUAAAAUCUUAUAUCUAUUCAGGAAUUAGUAGAAGGCUGCAAAAUAUCAACAAGCAUAAGGAGUUAUAAUACAAUUUAAACAGAAAUGUAUAAUUUCAAUUGGCAGAUUUUUUUAUUCUCUCCUCCUCCUCUCUCUCUCUCUCUCNUGCUACCCCCCCCCCCCCAAAAUCCUUUACAUUUUUUAUGGGCUUAACACUAUUUAAAAAGGAGCAUAUUUUUUUAUUAGGCUUAUUGAAUAACCUUUAGUCUUAGUAUGUCGUGACUAAAGAUAAAAUUCAGUCGUCAGUUCAAUAUGAACUGAUAUUUGCUUUAUUUAAAAGACAUUGUAUAGAAUAUAGAAGAAAUGUUAACAAUUUUAUUUUAAAACUAAUACUAAUAUUAUGCAAUUAUGUCUUAUCAUAUUAAAAAAAAAUCUUUGAGGUGCUUAACAAAUUUUAUUUUAAAACUAAAUAUUAUGCAAUUAUGUCUUAUCAUACUAAAAAUAUUCUUUGAGGUGCUUAACGAUUUUUUGCAACGGAACAUGCAAAACUGCUUGAAAGAUCGAAGUGCAAUUAAUGGCAUCAUGAACAAUGAACGCUCCCCUAAAAAAUUCAACAUGGCCGCCCCCUGUGUCUGGACGUUGUUAGGGCAACAUUUUACCGAAUUAUGCUAUUUAUUUAAUAGGAUUGCGACUCAGUGAGUACUUGUAAUGAUACUUUUAAGUAUUUACAGUUUAUAAAGCCAUUUAAUUAAAAAAAAUAUUUGUUUUUAUAGUUUUCAUUUAUUUAUUAAUGUGGAUAUAAUAUGUUUCAGACCGUAAUUUGUGACUGAGGUGUUACUGUUACUGUUAGAUAACUUAACUAAAAUUUAAAAUGACUGAAACUUACAAAGGAUACAAGAUUUACUAAUCCAUCAUAUUCAUUCACUCACACUCAUACUAUUACUACUUCGAAGUUAAACUUAGUUAAACCUAUCACGAAUUAUAUUAAAAAUGUAACUAAUGCUGAGGACUGAGGAACACAACCUGGUUUAUAACCAGGCCAGGUGAUUCCUUACACUACAAUGAAUGACAACAUUACAAUUUUAAAUAUAAUUAUUAUACAAUACUUCAUAUUCUAUUGAUAUAGUCUAGUAACUUAAGUACCAUACUUUGACAGAAAUGCUAAAUAUUGUACUAUUAAAUUAAAUGAUACAUGAUACACCAUUUUUUAAAGGGCUAGCUGUAAGCUUUCUAAAAACAAAUUUCAUCAUCCUAGCUUUUAUAGAAGUGGAGUUAUGAGUUAUGAUUUUUUUUUGGGGGGGGGGCAAUUUUUAAAACCCCCUUAUUUAUCUUUGUAUUUCACUGUGAAAACUUGUGACCAACUUUCCAAAUUUCUGCCUUAUUCUAUAACGCCGCCAAAUUUUCGGAAAAAUUCUCAAUGCAGUUUAAAACACAGCGAACAACAAAACUUUUAUGUAGCAUAAAAAACUUUUUAUUUUUUGAUAAUUGCUUUUGAGGGUACCGGUAGUUAAAAAAAUAUUUAAAAGGAAAAUUAGAAAAAUUAUUACUUAUACUUAUAAAAGCAAAAUAAAUAAAAACAACAUGUUUAUUGUAUUCCAAUUAUGUCAAUUCUUAUAUUUAUAAAAGGUAAGUAGAAAUCUUCCUUUUAUUUAUAAAAUUGAGUGCAUAAGAUUAUAAAUAAAAACCACUAAAAUCACACUUAAGACUAAUACAAGCAUACAAGAAUAUGAUUACAUUUUAAAAGGUAAUGGGGUUGUUCUGCCUCACAUUUUCUAUUUAGACUGCUCUACAGACUUCUUGUUGAAGAAUCCAAAAUCUCUCCUUCAUAAACUUCCUUCGUCCAAAUAUACCUCCUUGCCUUUGUUAAGUGUUUUUCUAAGUCCUUAUCUCUUAUAUAUAUUUUGCUUGUGGUGUGGCUGCUUCCUGUUCCCCACCUGCCCUCCUCCUACUCAGCAUGUUUUAUAUUACAUAUAAUAAUGUUUGAAAGAAAUUAUGGUUCGAUAGUGAGUAAAAUAUAAUUCCCAAUAACUGUGCUUAAUGAUAUUUUUUUUAAUGAUGUAAUUGCAUUUGGUGCUUAAUAUUUUUUUCUUUUCGAAAACUGAAAUCGUCUGUUUUAAUAUGGUGUAAUAAAUAUUCGGUUUAAAAGUGGUUGGGACAUUAGAAUAUUAAUAUAGCUCAUGGGAGUGAAAUAAAAAGUGUUCAGUGACGUACCAUGGGAAGGGGUGUAGCAAAAAUUUGGACUUUAAAAUGUGCGUUACUUGAGUUCAUGUUUUAUCAAGUAACUUUAGUAGAAGGGAAGCUCACACAUUGCUGUAGCCAAUUCUAGGCGAGCUAUAACUGGUAAAAAAAUAAUUACUAUGACAUUAUUGAGUCUUAUUGAGUUAUUUGAUGUCUUUUAUUUAUAAUUACAAACCUUAUUUUAUUUUUUUAAAAUAAUUAAUUAAAUUAGGCGUGUAAAUGCAGUUGUAAAAAUAGAAUAGCAUUAGUUUAUUAGUAAUAUUAGGCUUAAGCCUAUUAAAUAUACACUAUUAAAUAGAGUAGAUAUAGACCUACCAGUACUAUAAAAAAUUUUAAUAUAUAGGCCUAGAAAUAGAAGUGGAGAUUUAUUGAGAUAUUUAAAGAUUACAGAAUACUAAAACUGCUAUUGAUUGUUAUUGAGAGCCAAUGUUAUAUUCCAUUUCCGGUGAAGAUAAAAAAAAAUGGAAAUUUUGUUUUUUCAGUCCGAUGAGGGUUGAGUUGUUGACAUGUUAAGGGCUAACAUCCCAAGGAAAGGGGUAAAUUGACUAUUUCAAACUUAUUCCCAUUCCAGUUUAGAUAGUUAACAGCAUUUUUUAUGUUCCAAUAAUUUUAAAGCUAAGUCAUUUAUAGCUAACGAUGGUCAAAGUGCCAGCAAAGUGAACCUUGUUGAGUAAAUUGUAUGAGCUUCAUCGUAAUUGAUGAGACAAAAGUAAUUUAUUUUUAGAAAACUGUGACAUAGAAAGCAAAAAUCCGAGUACAAAAUAGAGCAGAUUGUAAAAAAAUGGCCCCAAAAGUCUUUUUCUUUCAUUUUUUGACAUGAGCAGAAUAUGUAUGCGAAUGAGUUUCAACAUACCAACAAUAGUAAUAAACUGCAUUCUACAGUCUAGUAGUACUACUUUUACAGUGUCCGCAGCCUCACAUUUGGUGAUGUCUCAGGCUAAUGUUUAUUUAUUAGUAUAUGCCUACUGACUGCCGAGUAUAUUAUCUGAUAGUUGGCCUAUGCCUACAGUAUAUGGGGUCAUUCAUGAAUGUCAUGAUAUAUUGGAGGGAAUGUCAAGAAUUGGGGAUGGUGUAUUAUAAGGAUGUCUAAAUUUUGUGACAAAUUUUUUAUAAUGGGGGAAAAAAAUUGACCAAAAUAGCAUGACACAAAAAUUAAUUUAUAAUUUUUAAAAAAUUUAUUUUUGUUUUUUGCACCCUUUUACUUCGGUUAAAAUGGAAAUUAUCCAUUUAAUAUGUGACUUUAAAAAAUGUUUUUACUUUGUUUAAUGCAAUGGCCUCACCAAAUAUAACAAAUCACAUUUUUACAUGUUGCAUUUCCAAAAUACAUUUUGAAAAGAAAAUACUUUUACUGUGUAUACAUGUUCUCAAGCCAACUUUUUGGGGAAAUAUUUCAGGGGAAAAGUGGGUUUGUCUUAAGAGCGGGUCAUAGAUUUUUAUAAUUUUCUCAAGGUACAUCAUAUAAUUUAAGUGUAGAAAGCUGAGGUCCUAGUCUACCCUAGGCUCAAAUAUGUUAUCAGAAGCUAUAAAUAAAAACAGAACUAAUAUACCUGAUUUAGAUGGCAACACUAUUCACUCAAAGAAAAUGAUAAAAAGGUAAAUAAUAAAAGUCGAUUGCAACAUAUACAAAGCUGGCCUUAAUAUCUCAUCCUAGAUAUUCUUUGGUACCAUAUUGCAUUGGUACAAUAUACACUAGCAUAUUUUAUGGGGUCUGCUUAUAACCCAGUAAUAAAUUUUUCAGACUUUUUUCAUCCAUAAUGGGGUGGGGCCGGGUGUCGACUAAUGAAGAACAGGCUUUAGAGCAAGUAUCCACAGUAUUUAGUCACAAUCUUGAAAUUUAAGCAUUUUCAAUACUGCUAAUAUUUGUAAAUAUUAUUUGAAAUUAUAUUUUAAUUGACAGUUAAAAUGUGAAAUUUUUCGUCCUUUCCUAUAGUUUAUAAAAUGUUCAAUUUAGUAGCUUUCUGUAAUAGCUCCGGUAAUUUAUUGAAUACAUUUUGAUAUGGGCUCUAAAUAAAAACCAACAGGCAACAUGGCAGAAAAUUAAACUCAACUGACAAAAAAAACAACAACACUUUGUCAAUUACAUUCUGGGCCAAAUAAUACAAAAGUACAAUGACAUCUGGUUAUGGCUGUCAACGGGUAUCUUGAUACUGCCAUUUCUGAUUUAAAUUCUGUUCAAUUUUUUAAUGUUAUUGAAAGUAUUCAUUAUUUACAUCAACAAUUAUUACUGAUGUGAUUGAAUCAUGGACAUAAUUAUGUUUUAACUUAUACAUUUGACUAUCUACUUUUAUUACUUUGACAACUUAUUUGGUAUAUUAGAACUAAAGUAUCUUGGCAGGUUGGUUUAUUUACUGGUACCAGGGUACCCAUAAGAAGUAGUGACGGGCACCCAAGAAGAAUAAAAAAAUAUUUUGACAGUGUACAUCUGGGUGAUGACUUCCAUUAAGGCUAAUUAAUGUAAUAAAUAAAACCUUCUUGUUGUCCAGUACUGCAAUGAAAGAUGGGAGUUUUUGUUUGUUUGUUAUAAUUUGUUUGUAUGGAUUGUAUGACUCGCAAAAUUUCUUUGAGCACCCACCUCAUGGGCAUCCAUGUGCUAAAUUUCCUUUUACAAAGCUUUCCCUACUUCACAUUACAAAAAUCAUUUAUGGAUUUAUUUUGUUGAACCUUUCAACAAUCAGAGUAGUACAAUUACCACACUUAUUGUUAGAUAAUAUGAAUUCAACUUGGUAUACUCAAAGCAUGCACAUAUGAAUAAAGAGAUUGUUCUAUACAAUAUAAAUAUACAUUUUUAAAGGUCGCAGUCGGGUGAAGGAUGGGUUGAUCUGGAUCUCUGAAAGAGUUAAAGAGUCAGGCAAAAUCCACCAUUUCCAUAGCCAUGACUACAGCAGCAGCUGAAGACCUUUUGCAGGUCAAUCAAGUUGUUAAAGAGAGAUUUAAAGUUGUAAGUAGCUAUUGUAAUUUAGCAAUAAUAUUUUAAUACAUUUAUUUUUAUGCACAUAUUUUUUAUAUCCAGUUAAUUUAAUAUUCUUUGAAAAUAUUCUUACUUGUCAACAAUACGAUUUACAAAAGUAAUUUUAUUACCGUUACUAGUACAAGGUAAAAUAAUUUAACAGAAUUCCAUACAAAACACAAUGCAAAAAAAAACAACACAUUUUUUAAAGAAAGGAUAUACUUAAAAGAUAAUGAAUGUUGUACAUUUCCUUCUCAUAAACUUCUGUUGUACAUGUUUUUAUUUAUACGCAAUAGAUUAAGAAAAUUGGGGGCGGUGGAUUUGGUGAGAUAUACGAGGCAACAGAUCUGGUUAGUCGAGAAAGUGUUGCCCUCAAACUAGAAUCUGCCAAACAAGUCAAGCAAGUGCUUAAAAUGGAGGUCGCUGUAUUAAAAAAAUUACAAGGUUAAAGAUAAUAUAAAAUAGUUUUCAUCAUUUUAAUUGUUAUAAGCUAUUUAUAUUUUAUUAAUUUAAGUUGUCUAGUUUUAAAAAGAUUCACUUUUAAAUUUACUAUUAACCUAGCCCAAUUUGGCCAAAGGCAUUCACCUUUUUUAUUUGAUUCAUAGUCAGUUUAUUUGUCAUUGUAAAAUUUAAAGAAUAAAUGCAUGUUUUAAAGAAAUCAUCGUAAAGGUAUGUUUUUGCCAUUAAUUUAUUUAACUAAUGAUGUUAAUAUUUUUUUUCAGGACGAGAUCAUGUGUGCCGUUUUAUUGGUUGUGGUCGUAAUGAGAGGUACAACUAUGUAGUGAUGUCGCUGCAGGGAAAAAACUUGGCUGAACUCCGACGAAGUCAGGCCCGUGGUUGUUUUUCUCUCAGCACAACCCUUAGGCUUGCUUCCCAAAUACUCUAUGCAAUAGGGGCCAUCCAUGAUGUUGGAUUCUUACACAGAGAUAUUAAGCCUGUAAGUUCAUGCAAUUUUUUUGUUUAAAAUAUUUGCUGUUAAAACUGCUUUUCUUAAAAAAAAAAAAAAGAAAAGAUGUGUUUUUAAAAAUAUACUUGAAAGUGUUACUUUGAAUUUUAAAAUAUUUCAGUCAAAUUUUGCAAUGGGUAGGCAUCCAAACCAUCGAAAAGUGUACAUGCUAGAUUUUGGUCUUGCACGACAGUACACUACAGCAUCCGGGGAGGUCAGGCAGCCUCGAUCCGCAGCUGGAUUCAGAGGCACUGUGCGUUAUGCCUCAAUAAAUGCACACAAAAAUAAGGUCAGUUUGCGAACCAGAGGUAUAUGUGAUUUUUUUUUCUUCUUGGAACUUAAAACCCCAUUUCAGAUUUUUUGGUGGUCCCUAACAAUUCAUAUUCGUCCAGCUCAUAUUGUAAUUUACCCCUUCCCACAUCUUUUUUUCCACGUAAGGGUGAAACAAGGUUAUAAGACUGUAAACUCAAUAACUUUGUCUGACAGAUAAUAUUUAUUUAAUUUGAGUUAAAUUCAAUUCAGGAAUCAUUAUUUGAGCUAAUAAAUGAUGAAUUAUCAUUAAAUAUAUCUAAAAGGUUAUCAAAUCAUCACCUGAGUCAAUUUCUGACAAAAUUGUUAUUCUUUGGUGUUAAAAAAACUAAAAAAUUUGAGGAAGUCAGACUUUACAGAAGCAAUUUUUAUUUAAAAGUUGUAGUUUAACAUUAGGAGGUAAAUGCGUGUGAAUCGAAGGGGGAGAGUAAUUAUUAAUUUUUCUUGUUGCUAUGUUAUAUAGAUGACCUUCGGUGUUGUGUGUAUAUAAAGUUUGCAGAAAGAACAUUUUCACCCGCCUUUAAAAAAAAUGUUUGCCUGUUAUUUUUCCUUGUGAAAUGUUUUGGAAAAUACUUGAAAGUACUCAAUGUAUUACUUUGUACAUGUUGCAAAAUUUAUUAUUUUUUCCAGGAAAUGGGCAGACAUGAUGACUUGUGGUCCCUUUUCUAUAUGGUGGUAGAGUUUGUAUCUGGCCAGCUGCCAUGGCGAAAGAUCAAAGAUAAAGAACAGGUGCAUAGAUUUCAUCAUUUUUUUUCCUUCUCUUAACCCUAACCCGUAUUUAAAACAUGUAAAACACACCUAAUUAUAAAUGUAAAACUUUGUAUAAGACGCGUAUUAUAUACGCAAAAAUACAGUGAGUCUAGAAUGAUGCAAAAGUGCAUCCCUGCUUUUUGAAUUUAUAAAACAAAUUCUGGGCAUGGAGCUGAGCCUCUUCGCUAAACCCCACCCCCAAGUUUUGUUCGGGUGACUUUGGCGGGCAUCACCAAUUUCUGCUCCCUUAUCACAUCAACGUCUGUCAAAGUAUCGAAGGAUAUGGCACAUUUUUAUUUGCAAUAAUGCACUGUAUAUAAAUAUAUAAACGUCAGUCAUCUACUUUGAGAUGCGAAUAGUUAUUGUGUACAUUAUACUGUAUGUUUAUUUAUUUACUCUUAUAAUACGGUCUUGUAAGAUUUUGAGAUGGUGAAGUACUAUUCUAAGACUAUAUUGUAAUACAUUGGGAGUUCCUGAGUAACCAGGUCUGUUAUUAUAACCUACCUAAUACUUGCACCAUCUGCUUGGACAGAAAUUAUGAUUUGAUUUCUUCUUAUUUGACAGGACAAGAUAAUUCUUUUUUUUUCUACUAUCAAUAAUGGGUACCCGGUAGUUCUUUUAUUACCCCCCCAAAAAAACCCAACCUGUUAUUAGUCAUUAUUAUUGCCACACAAAACUUUUGUUGCAUCGGUCUUCAAAGGUUUUUUUUAUUUGUUUGUCACGUUUGUAGGGAGCAAGGAGUUACUAGAUUUAACUUUCUAAUAAUCUAGAUCAUUCGCUUAAAGUCAGCCAGACCAGAGAAUUAGAGAGGAAGUAAACUAACUCGAAUUUUUUUUAUUUGUUGAUGACCAGUAACAAAAUAUUUAGGCUGAUUUCCUCAAUGACUCUCUAACUAGCUUCUUGGAUGUUUAAGAUCAUACUUUUAACUAAUUUUUAGUAAAAAAUAUUAGUGUUAUUUUAGCAUUGUAUUAACCAAGUGUUAACAAUAAUUGCUAUGCAAAACUUAGAGUUGGGUACAUAAAAAUAGAACGAAAAAAAAAUUAUUGCAUUUUAAAAGUUAGAUUGGUAGUCAAAUGGUUUAAAUGUAUAGAUCUACACUUAAUUAAAUAUGUCAAAUUUUCAAACAAAUUUUGGGGAGUGAUCCACAUUAAAGUGAAAUUUUUUUUUGAGCCAUAGCUGAGCACCUGAUUAAUUAUUUAUAUAUCAAUAGUAGUUAGAAAUAUGAUGUUAAUUGUACGGAUCAAAUGUAAAAAUUUCAUUUUUAUCAAAAUUACAUGGUAAUAUUUUUAUAAAAGGACUUUUAUAAAGGACUAGUUAGAUUAAAUAGCUAGGUCUUUGGUAAUAAUUGUUUGUUAAAUAUGUCAGAUUUUUUUUACCAUCAGGUUGGUAUAAUGAAAGACAAUUAUGACCACACCAACUUGCUUAAGAAUUUGCCGAGUGAGUUUCGACCAUUUCUAGAGCACAUUCAAAGUUUAGACUAUUUUGAUCAACCUGACUACAACAUGUUAACUAACCUUCUGGACCAGUGCAUGAGACGUAAAAUUGUACGGGAUUCAGAUCCAUACGACUGGGAGAAGAGUAAUGUGGACACAUCUAUUACAAUUACCAAUACAUCAGCAUUACAUGCUCUCAAACAGACCAAGUAAGAAAACAAAUUAGCUGCAUUUCUUCUUCUUCUAUAUCUUAAGGGCCCACCAUCAAUUUAUUGAUCAUUUUGGCAUUUAAAUUCUUUUAUGUUGAAACUCAAUAUAUUGACACACCUAUAACAUUUAUUUUCUUUAAAAAAAACAAUGAAAUUUUAUUUGUAGUUGUGGAAAAAAAAUUAUUGAAACAUCUAGUCUUAUUUACAGUUAUGUUAAUGAUAAUGUUCCUUUAUUUCCUCUUUGAAAAAAAAGUGUAUUUUUAUUCUUCAAACUAUGAAGUUUGUAGCUAGUUAUGAACUUUGCAGCUAGUUGAUAAGAGUCAUUUGACACAGGACAAAUUUUAUAACAGCAGGGAGAGUAAAAAGUGUAUUUCGCAUAAAUUUAGUCUUUCCUACACGUGUGGGAUAAACUGGCUGAUUUCCUUGUGAGCAUUUUGAGAAAUCAUACUCGAGUAGGACUGACCAAAUACUUCGUGUUUCUAUAAAAUUUAAUAAAAAUACUAAUGCAUUAAGUUACUUUGGCAUUAAAAUGGUACAAUAUACAGAAGGAAAAAAAAAAUUAUAAAGUAUAUUUAAAUAUUAUUUUUUUUAGUUUCAUUACAUCGUAUGAAUUUUGUCUUCAGUGUCCUUAACAUGGGCCCCAUUACUCCUGGACAUGGAGCUACAGAAGUUUUGGAUGAAAACCUGAGCUACCAAGAGGGUGAGGAGCCACUUAAAAAGCCAGAGCUUAUUCCAUUGAAUGAAGUAGACAAUCGAUAUGUAGAGGAAGGUGUGGUAGUCUUGUCACGUCCAGAUGCUGACAUACCUCCAGCCAAAUACGAGCAAGAUACCAAAGCUAAAGAAAAAAUAAAAGACAAUGAUAAAGGAAAAGGUCAAGAAAAAAGUGAGCACAUGUAUAAGAAGGGAAUUCAUGCUGAUGCUAUCUCAUCCAAAGACAGUGGAAAUAGAAGUGGGGCUGCUAAUGCCCAUUUACUUAAACAACAAAUUAUUGUUGGAAAUAGGGCUCCCACCUCGGGUGCCAGUUUGGAAGUUGGAGGCAGUCAUCAGAUCAAUUCUCUUAAGCAUGGAGAAAAAGAUAUUUCUUCACCUGGUGAUCGUCUGCCACCACCAGGACCAUCAGUAGGAUAUGGGUUACCUAUCUCAGGUAAUCCACUAGGAGCCUUAGCAGGAAGUCGGAGUAAGCUAGUUAGACUUCAUGAAGGUCCUGAAAGUAGUGGUGUUGAUUAUGGCGGAAGUGAAAAGGCUAGUAGUAUUUGUAAUGCGAACCAAGGGUAUGUUGGAACAUUGGAGGCUGGAGAACCAAGCAAUGAGAAUGAAAACAUGCGGCUAGAGAGCCAUCCAGAUCUUGCCAGUCGGGCGGCUAUUACUUUUGCCCUUAUGCAGACUGAUGAUAAAACACACACUCAGUGUGAUGAAGCGGGAGAAGAGAAUGCCACACGGGCAGCCCCUUUUACUAUGGCUAGUCAGUGGGGAGCAUUUGGUUCUAGUGAUGAGGGCAGUGAAAAUGAUAGUGAAGAUGAUGGUGGUGGGGAUAAGGGGAAAAAGUCAGCACGGGCAAGAAGACUUGCAAUGAUGAACACUCUGGCAGAUGAGGAUGAUCAUCAGCUGGAUAGUAUGGCCAGGAAUUCUCUAGUAUUAUUAGAUGAAAGAGAUGGACAUGAGACUAUGAGAACAUCUCUUGUAUUUGAAGAUGAUAGCAAUGACCUCAUGAAGAUAAUGCAGUCUAGUAGCAGUCGUGGUGAAGAUGGUUUGGAGGAUGGGGUAGAAACACAAGGCCGUCACUCAGAACCUAUUCAUCAUAAUCCUCAUCAACAUACACAAUCUCAAGAAAAAUCAUUCAGUUCCAGUCCUCGAAAAAUGCCAGAAAAACUUGCCAAAGAUAUUGAUAAUCGGAUAGGGUCUCCUUUGAAGCAAAACACUUCAGGUAGCCCCUCAAAAUUUGUGUUCAAAAACAGAGAUCAAGGGGAAGAAAAAAGAAACCGCAAGCUUGUGGCGCUAGGAAAGCCACCUAUUCAUUCUUCUAGUAAACGAGAUAAAAGUCAGGAUCUGGCCUUAUCUGGUGUUAGUGAUGGUGCCAAAACUCAAGGUAAUGCCCAUUUCAUUCCUAGAGACUCAACUGCUUCAAAGCCCAAAUCUAUCCUCAAAGACAAAAACACUGUAAUUAGUGAACGCAACACAAAUGUUGACAAUCGAUUCAGUUCAGAUUCAUCUAUGCUGCCAACAGACAGCAAUCGUGAUUUAAGGGUUGUGGUCACAAUGAAAGAUGAACCCAAUGCUGUGACACCAAGGGAUCAAAGUCCUCGGCGUCCUCAAUCAUCACGUCAUUCAUCUGGCAAAGCAAGAGAGAGUGAAUCUGCUGGAGGUCAGCAUAUACGAAGGUUUUCCAGGCCAGGCGUAUCGGCAUCACCUAGAGGUUACCUGGACUCAAGAUCUCUUGUUAUGCAAGAAUCAGAUACUGGUCCAAUUCCCAAGCCUCCGCCUGGUCAUGCUCCUAAAAAUGCUGUGGUGACUGCUAGGUAA